GCUAAGUGCGCGCCUCGUCACUGAAACCAGUUAGUAAAAGAAAUUUUGUUUAAACUAAAACCGAUAGCUAUGUCACGAUUUGAUCAUUUCGAAUGCAAAUUAUUCUCAGAUUAAUAAACUAGGUCGCCAUCCGUGGCGCUGCCGCCGGGCUGCGGACCCGUACCUACGUACCUACGGCGGAUAAUAUCGGGACCAUCAUGUCUAACAUUGUUUACGAUACACUAGUUGCACUAGUUAAACAACGUCUAAAGUGAAAGUUAGUAAACUGGUGAGCGUGUACAACCAAAGCAAAUGCUAAACAGCCCGCCGAAGUUAACAAACAAAGUCAGAAUCAGAAUCAAUGGACUUACAAAUUAAAGUGAUAAUCAACAACUUGAUUACUAUGCAAAGAUAAUGUCUACGCUCAAAAGUACAAAGUGACAACGAAAUCCCCAUCUAACAGAAAUGAAAAAGGCAAUAUCUGUCCUUACUCUACAAAAAUUAUAAACUUACGUGCACUCAAAGCACCAUCAAAGUUUUCAUAACCGUUAGCGCCUAAUAACUAAUCAAUCAUGAUGCUAACAACCGAACACAUAAUGCACGGGCACCCCCACGCGUCGGUCGGGCAGAGUUCACUGUUUGGGUGCUCGACGGCGGGCCAUAGUGGCAUAAAUCAGCUGGGCGGGGUGUACGUCAAUGGCCGACCACUGCCUGACUCAACGCGCCAGAAAAUAGUCGAAUUGGCUCACUCGGGCGCCCGUCCUUGUGAUAUUUCAAGAAUACUGCAAGUUUCUAACGGAUGCGUAAGCAAGAUUCUGGGCAGAUAUUAUGAAACAGGAUCAAUUAAGCCUCGAGCGAUAGGUGGUUCGAAACCACGAGUAGCUACAACUCCGGUCGUACAAAAAAUUGCUGAUUACAAACGGGAAUGUCCCAGCAUAUUUGCGUGGGAAAUUCGGGAUCGACUGCUGUCCGAACAAGUUUGCAAUAGUGAUAACAUUCCAAGUGUUUCAUCCAUUAACCGAGUCUUGCGUAACUUGGCCUCGCAGAAGGAGCAGCAGGCGCAGCAACAGAACGAAUCUGUUUAUGAAAAGCUCCGCAUGUUCAACGGCCAAUCGGGUGGAUGGGCCUGGUAUCCAAGCAAUACAACGACGGCACAUUUGGCGCUACCGCCAGCGGCUUCGGUUGUGUCCACUCCAACAAAUUUGUCGGGACAAGUUAAUCGGGACGAUGUUCAAAAACGAGACUUACAAUAUUCGGCCGACGUUUCGCACCCAAAUUCCCACGAUAGUACAUCGGAUGGCAACUCUGAACAUAAUUCAUCUGGAGACGAAGACUCACAAAUGCGGUUGCGGCUAAAAAGGAAAUUGCAGCGCAAUCGGACUUCAUUUUCCAAUGAGCAAAUUGACAGUCUCGAAAAAGAGUUUGAACGAACACACUAUCCGGAUGUUUUCGCGCGAGAAAGACUUGCAGAUAAAAUUGGUUUGCCAGAGGCACGUAUUCAGGUUUGGUUCUCGAACAGACGGGCCAAAUGGCGCAGGGAAGAAAAAAUGCGGACUCAGAGACGCUCUGCUGACACCGUAGGCGGCAGUGUUCGCGCAGCUAACAGUACGGCUAACAAUCCUCCAGGAACAGCUGCGUCUUCCUCCGCCGCAACGUCGAACAACUCGACGCCCGGCAUCGCCAGCUCAGCAAUCAACGGGUCGGAAAGGGCAUCAUCGGCCAUCAUUGGCAACAGCCUACCGGAAACCCCAAAUGGACCAACUGUUCUAGGUGGAGACGCCAACACUGCGCACACGAACUCCGAAAGUCCGCCGCUCCAGGCAGUGGCACCGCGGCUACCAUUAAACACUGGCUUCAACACCAUGUACUCAUCUAUCCCGCAACCCAUAGCAACGAUGGCUGAGAAUUACAACUCAUCACUAGGAUCGAUGACACCGUCAUGCUUGCAACAACGAGACGCCUAUCCCUACAUGUUCCACGAUCCGUUGUCACUAGGGUCUCCGUAUGUGCCACCCCACCACCGAAACACCGCAUGCAACCCUGCGGCUGCGCAUCAACAGCCACCCCAACAUGCGGUUUACGCGAACAGCUCGCCGAUGCCAUCAUCCAAUACAGGUGUCAUUUCUGCAGGCGUUUCGGUGCCUGUCCAGAUUUCAACGCAAAAUGUAUCUGACUUGACGGGAAGUAAUUACUGGCCACGUCUCCAGUGAUCGUCAAUUUUUAACUUGCCAUCAGAUCUUCUGUCGAAGGCGACUGCCGCUGCAAUUGCUGCCGCACAUGCAGCUGAAGGAAAGCAUCAUCACCAAAAAGCGCAUUCAGUUGAUAGUAUGCAAAAUACAAAUAGCAACAUUAACCCACCUAACUUGAGUAGCCAGACAAUGUGCUGUUCACCAAGAUAUUUAAGCAUGAACGUGGGGGCGGGGAAGGAUGCGGAUGUGGCUCAAUGUCCUGUAGUUCCCGUAUCACCACGUAAUUCGGCGAAUUCGGAACUGUUUGGCAGCCCAAAGGCGAGCUACCAUCGGGAUUUUCAUAUAAUUUAAAGGGUGAAGAAGUCGAACCGUACCGUCUUCGUUACACUCUUAAAUUAUUAAUAAAGCGUUUGCCAGCCAACCAUUUAAAAUAAAAUUCGUUUCAAACUACA